CGACAAUCCGAAGACCGACGUCAGUCCAAGCAAGAUCACGGAGCAGAGCGGAACCAUACAACUCCGACUCCUGCACAACUCGUCUCCACUCAGACGUAUUUCUCUAAAGAUCUGUUUAGAUAUACUUAGACUGUAGAGAUGAUUUAGUGAAAUCAAAUAAUGUUUAAAGUGAACACUAAACAUUUUAGUAACUGAUUUUUACGCGUAACAUUCCAGUUAGUGAGUUUAGUUACGCUGGGUUUGCGGAUUUAAGUGAUAAAAUCUAGCAACAGUCGCUAAUCUUGUUAUUCUUAGUGAUCCACAAGCAGCUCCUAAGGUUUGCUAAAACUGAACGCAAUGCCAGAAGAUUCCGAAACCAAAUGAAAACAAGAUUUUCCUCCACCCUGUUAAUGAUUUAAUUCUCUCCUGAGCUGCAGUUUCUACUGUACACCCUGUAGGCAGGAUGAGACGACACCCUGUAUCCUACUACGAAUACCAUGGGUCGGAUAACUACUAUGGAACCCCGUAUAGAGGGGAUCGGAGUUCAUUUCAUCUACCCAGGAAGAUGAAGAAAUCUUUUGCGGAGAAGCUGACAACCCGUCUAGACAGGUUGGCUAAACCCAGAGAUAAAGAGAAGGGAUACAAUAGAGCUUACCAGGAGGUUUACAGAGAUCAUUUCGGGAAUAUUCUUCUCCCUAGGGUCAAUGGUUAUUCUAACCCGGAGCCAUGGAACCCUCAUGGUUCCUCUCCGGCCCCUCGGCGAACCUUCCACAACGUGAUACCACGAGGUCGGAGCAGUUCCAAUGGUGCAAACCUAACCUGGAGUGGAUGGGAUGGAGGAGGAGGAGUGUAUCCGCAUCCUCAUCUAAAACCCACUCUGAGUCCGGAGCAACUUUACGGAGAGGUUCAGUACGGAGAAUAUACAAAGUUUGCAAUCAACGGCAAUGUUUGUAUGUGCGAGGACAACCUUGGAGGAACCCAGCGAGGUCGAAGAGGAUCAAGAAAAUGUAAAAAAUGCGGGUUUGAUAGACCCGGCUCCGAUAGCUACAGAAGCAUGCGGCGAUCUUUAUCUGAAGAGAGUUUAACGCCCGGAGUCCCGGAUCCGUAUGAAUACAUGAGAAAACGCCGGCUCUCCUAUCCUAAACCAGUUUUUUACGAUGAGCAGGAUGAGUAUGAAGAUAUCAUGUUUAACGAACCAGGAAUAGAUGAGCUGAGCUCCAACAAGACCCGUGGUAAAUCUCCUAAACAUGAGUACAAAAACUUCACCAGAACCCAAAGUAUGAACUUGAACAAUCGGAACCGACUCAACACCAAAGACAGCAAGGAUAUGCAGAAUAUUGCAAUCCGAUCUAGUCCGCUCCGAACCCCAGGACCCAGACCCAAACCUGGAAAUAGAAAUAUAGUAACUGUUAACGGAAGUGGCGGAAAAAACAGUUCCAUUAUUUAUCUCUCCGCAGAUACGUCCUCGGUUCAACCUGUAGCACCAGAGUACCCGGAUACAAUCACAAUUUCAACCUCGACUCCGGUGAAACCGAUCAAUUCUGGUUCAAUCAACAAGAAUCCGUACGAUCUGAUCAAAAAGUAUGUCGGAGACAGUCCUCCCAACUCUUUAUCUGACUCCAAUCUAUCCAGUGACGAACAACCAGACAAGGUGUAUUCGAAGUUUGAAAGUGAAUUCUCAGACUCGGAGUCGGACGCAGGAAGGGAGGGGGUGGAACGAUUUAAUAGUUUUAAAAUCUCCGGACAAAAAAUUCAAAUUUACAGUGACUCCAGUAUCCGUCAAUCAGCAGGAUACUCCAGUAGUGAAAGUGAUGCGGAGAGUGAGUACUCCAACUAUGAUGCGGAUUGUAGUGUUGUGGAGUCCCCCAGGAUAUCUGGAGUACCAAGAGAUUCCAUGUCUAGUCAGGAAAAGGAGUGUUUUACUCCUCCUUUCAUUUUACCUAUAAAGGAGUCCUUUACCAUUCCUAUAAAAGAGUCCUUUACUAUUCCUAUAAAGGAGUCCUUUACUAUUCCUAUCAAGGAGUCAAUUAAACCACAGAGAACCGAGUCAUUAAGAGUUGAUAGAACACUUAGAACAGAGUCAAUAAAGAACUCUAACCUGGAGUAUCCCCGAACCAACAGACUAGAGUCAACCAUCAGAAUCCAACGAACUGACUCCAUACCCCCCUGUAAACCUCCCCGGAGGAAGAGUGUAGAGAAGGAUGUAGAGAAGCAGGUUGAGGACCAGCUCCAGGUUCAGGAUAUAGAGGAGGAAAACUCUCUGAGGUUUAAUCUGAUGAGAGAGGAAAUGAGACCCUUGGCUCCAGCAGGGGCUGGAAUCAGACAACCUACAACAUGCAAUCCAAAGGUCAUGAUAUCUCGCAAGAUAAGCUCAGAUUCGCAAAAAUCCCAAACUUCCAGGAGCAAAAGUUUCUCCGGUAGUCGUGAUAGUUUAUACGGAUCUGUAGAUCUUAAACAUUCAGGGAUUAGUGCAAACUUUUCCAGUGAAAUAAUCCAGGAACUCUACGGAUCCAAAACCUCUCUUUUAAAAGCUGUUGAACUCCGGAAUGAGUUGAGACGGCACAGUACCCCUAUAGACCCUGAGCUGGAGUGUGGCAGAACCCCUGAGGAGCCCCUAAGACGAGUGGAUAAGGUCCCUGAAGAAGAAUAUAUCGAUGGACCUGGAAGUGGACAUUACGAUGUGCCAACUCAGAUCACGAGUCCAAACUUUGUAGUUCCGAGAGAUCCUAGAGAUAACCCUGAUUACAACUGUCAGGACGGUUUACUCUGGGCCUGCCGACACCAGGAGCAGUCAACAGAUGAUUCCCGGGAUCUGAGCAGAGGAGGAGGAGGAGGAGGGGGAAAACAAAAACAGGAGAAGGAGGAACAAGAAAUCCCGAGGACACAGGAACCAGGGGGAGACGGUUGGGAGUAUCUAGACCAGUUCCUAGCUCUACACGGAGAAGAGACCAGUAAACCCAAUCCUUCUAUUGGACAAAGGUUCAAACCACUGAGUAGCUCUGAUCUAGAUGUAUCCAACCCUCCUUCAUCAAGACAAUGGAUGAAAUCCCAUCCUUCCCUACUCCAGGAUCUGAGACAGGAGAACCAGGGGAACCUGGAGCAAGAAUACUGCUCCAGGUACCAACCUAUGUUCCAGGAUACAACCCGACUCCGGCUCAGGAGCCGUCCUUCCAUCAAAGAUACUCUUCAAACCUUCUCCACCGGAACUAAACUCGGACGACUAGGAAUAUCCCAGUCCUUUAGAGAUAGGAUUGUUCCGCCCCGCCCCAGGGAUCCUCCGCCCCCUCCGCCCUCUGAACCUGAGGUGGAGAAUAGAUCCAAAUCCAGAAAGUUCUUCUCCUUCAACAAGUCUGAGAUGAAGAAGAUAAAUAAACUUCUCGGGAUCGGAGUAAAGGAGGACGACCUAAUCUAUGACAUAGCUGAGGACACUAAAUCAGAAACUAUGGUCGGACAAAACUCUAAGUUUUAUCGGGACACACCCCUCCAGGAUCCUACUGUGUUCCCUGAACCGCCUCUUAAACUUAAGACAGGAGGAAAUGAUUUCUUAAACUUGAAAGAUUCUGUGAAACCUGGACGCCGCCCUAAACGAGAACGGUCUAAGUCAUUCACUCCACGAACCCGACCACUUCACAAAGCCCUCAUUUUCAACAGAUCAUUGAGCCAGAUAUCCAAAUCAUCAAGUAGCAAUCUAAUCCGGAGAUCAGAGAGCUGUAGGAAACUGAGCCCGUCUCUGGAGGAGGAUGCAACCAAGAGAACCCUGUCCUCGUCUGACCUCGUCACUAUAUUUCCAGAGGAGGAGAGACGGAGCUUUAAAGAUAUUCGCAAAAUCCUCUCCUCUCCCUCUAUAUCCUCUGGUUCCACCUCCAGUAGUAUAUACAGACCUAAAUCCCAGCUCUCAAACUCAUCCUCUGUUAUAAACUCUAUUAAAGAAGAACAAGUGGAGAUUAUUCCAAACAGAGAUGCAUAUUUCGAGCAUAUAUAUGAGGAGAUUAAUGACAGAGAUUUUGAAAAUGAUUCGCCACCGAUCAGACCUCUUCCUCCGAUACCAGCGGAGUCUCUGUCCUCUCCUAGAUCCUCUCCUAGAUCCUCUCCAAUCCUCUCAGAGCAGUCCUCUCCGGUUAAAUCAAUAUUUGAAGGAGCCUCAAAGUACGAUAUCCUCAACUAUCUGGAGGAUGCCAGGGAACGAGGACUAACAGACUGUGACCUCGACCUAGAGGAGGAUGACGAGGAUCCAAUCAGUCCUGCACAGCCGGAGAUCGUCCUUGGAGGUCGGAAUAUUCCUAAGCGUGUCAGCAAUAUUAGUAGUAGCAGCAGUAGCAGUGAAGAGCAGCUAGCAGCUGUUAAAGAGAAGCUUGGCUCCAAGGAUAUUGAAAGAAAUGACAGUGGUUUAGGAAGUGAGACUGGACGAGGACGGAUCGAGGGAAAAAUAUUCAUCAGGAAGAGAAGUGAAGAACUAGAGGAACCUGAUACUAGCUGUAUUGACUGCGAUCAGAUUAUAGAUCUCCAGCAAGCCGACAGUGAGAGUGGUGUGUGUCCUUCAUGUAGCAGGAGAAGAAUUGAGAGGAAGGAAAUUAUUACAGAGAUAAUUGAAACCGAGAUUAAGUAUGGUCGAGAUCUUAGGAUAAUCCUGGAUCAAUUCUACAGACCUAUGCAGGUUGCCGGAUUGCUAACUGCGGAACAACUAGCAAAUGUUUUUCUGAACGUAGAGGAGUUAAUUAAUGUUAAUGAAAGGUUCACUGAGAGCUUGAAGGAUGUGAUAGAACUAGCUUUAGACCAAGGAGAUGAAGAUCUUAGUACUGUUAGCAUCGGAAAACUAUUUCUUCAGGCAGCAUCGAUGCUUGGAGCAUUCAAAUCCUACUGCACUAGACAGGGAUCAGCGUCCAGUCUCCUGGCUAACCUGGAGAGAGAGAAGGAACUGCUCCGGAUAUUCCUCCGUGUCUCACAGAUGGAGAACACGAUGCUUAGAAGAAUGAAUCUUUCAUCAUUUCUCAUGGUUCCUGUCCAACGUGUGACGAGGUACCCGUUGUUGGUGUCCAGGCUGGUCAAGGUUACCCCGGUGCAGCACCAGGACAGUAUACAUCUCCAGCACACCAGGGAGAUCAUUGAACAGAGUCUAGACUCUAUGAACCAGGAAACCAACAGGGAGAAUAGUUCUACUAAAUUAUGGCGAAGAAUUAGUAUAAUGAACCCACCAGCACGCCGGUCAGAAAACCAGAUAGAUGUUCUAGGAACAACCACCUGGGGAGUUAGAAAGAUAGUUCUUGAGACCCUUGGUUGGGGCCGGGAACCUCGGGAGGAGAUAAAUUUUGUUCUGGAGGGACGGUUACUCUACACCCAGCCUACAGAGACCAACUGGAGAAACAUGUUCUCUGUCAAGAUGAGCCCCAUCAACGUUCUCCUGGUUACACUUGGAGCCAGUGCCCUCCCACCCUCGCAAGGUAUGGAGGUGGGAGAGGAGCCAUCCUUCCCUCGGUACACAGGCUACAAGGAGGCUGCUCUGAUUCUCCUGAAGGAGAAGGGGAUGAGGUAUUCCCCCGUGAGGGAGCCCCUUCUCCUAGGCAGGUGCAUCAUCUGCUGGGAGAAGGAGUGGGACGAUUGUUUUGAGAUUACAGAGUUCACUUCCAAGGAAUCUUUUAUAUUCAAGGGUGAGGAUGAGCGGCAGACCCUGCAAUGGUUUAAAUCACUUCAGUUCCUUUGUCUUAACCUCGGAGGUUGGAGAAAACGAAGAAAUGGCCUUGCCAACAUUAUGAUCAAUGGAAUGGUUCAUGGAGACGGAGAUUUCACUCUGAAAACAUAAACCUGAACCUGAUCCAGACCGGAAUCUGAACCUGAACCAGACCUGAACCUGAUUCAGAACAAGAACCAGAACCUGAUCCAGAACCAGAACAUGAUCCAGAGCCUGAACCUGGCCCAGAACCUGAACCUGAUCCAAAACCUGAACCUGACUAUAAAACCCUAAAUCUGAACCUGGACCUGAACAAACCAAAGCUGUUCAAACCUAAGCCUGGAGUGAACACUCUCUGAACCUGGUCUAAACCUCUAGUUUGAUAAUUCUUUCUAUUCAGCUUUGAGAGGGUUUUCUGGUUUAACAAAGAGAUUUAUUAUACUGAGCUUCAACCUAACAAUUCAUAGAACAAGGUUUCUUUUUCUAAACCAGAGUAGGGUUUCCUCUUUAUACAUGGAUGUACAGGAUAUCUGAACCCAGUCAAACCUUGAACAAAUACAAAUUCAAGAUCGGAGAGACAAGGACGAGAGAGAAGGUUUUGCUCCAGUGCUCCUUUAGGAUCUGGAGACACCAGGAACUAGAUGUGACGAGGUGUAACCAUCCUUAACCAGUGAUAAAUGGCAUACGGAGAAGUGUUAAAACCAAUCAAGAAGCUGUUUACUUCCCUUUAUUCUGGUAAUCAACGGACUGAAACUGUUUCUCCGGAUAAGAAGGAUGAAGAACGGUUUCAAGGAUUUGAAAUCUAAACUUUCAUUCACACAUUCUUGCAGAGAAUUGAAGAAUAAAUUGAUUUGAUAAUCCCA